AUGGCCCCCUUGCCUGACUCCUGCCUGGCUGGCAGCUCCGUGGGCCUGAUAUGUUUGUCCCUCUUGCUCAUCCCUGCUGCAGCUGGAACCUACUGUGAAUGCAGCCUGGGCCUCAGCCGGGAGGCCCUCAUUGCCCUCAUUGUGGUGCUGGCCGGCGUCAGUGCCAGCUGCAUCUGUGCCCUUAUUGUGGUGGCGAUUGGCGUCUUUCAAGCGAAGGGUGAAACAUGUCCCAGACACAUGGACAGGAGGGUGUUAGGGCACUUUGGGGUUCAGGAAGACCGAGUGGACCUGCGCUCAGUGCAUGUGGAGUCCCAUCUCAUGGACCCUGACCUGGAAGUCUCCAUGAUGCCAUCUCUGGAGGAGAGCGCCCUCCUGACCAUCCCCAUGGAGGCUACCCUAGAGGAACCGUCCCCACCCCUGGCCCCGCCCCCACCGCCAGACUAGAGCGGA